AUGGCGACGGCAAGAAAAGGGAGAGAGCUUUUUACUAUUUUGGAAACUAGCGCGGACACAGAAAGUGGCGGCGUGUGCGACAGUCAAGACUCGCCGCUGAAUCUUUCGGCCGAUGUGAAGUGGUUUGAGAUUCCUAACGGGAUCAAGCACGACGAGGAGGAGUACGCGGAGGACUGUUAUUAUUCUACCUCCACAAACUGCUCCGACACCACCUCAAACGACUCCGAUAUCGAUUUCUCGGAUUUGGAGGAGGAGGAGCGCAGGGGCUUUUUCCGCCUCGACGAUGACUCGGACGAGGACUGCACGUCUCCGGACUUCUGGGGCGAACCGGACCAGGUCAUCGCGAUCGAGCCGUUCUCCGCCGUCAGCGGCCCGCAGCACUCGCUGGGGGACGAUGCUGACACCCGUGACUAUUUCCGGAUACUCUUCCCAGAUUCUCUUUUUGAACACAUGGUAGAACAAACAAACAAUUACGCCCUCUAUCGGCAAAGGAGGAGCGGGAAGUCAGACCCCCACUGGCACCCCACUGAUGUGAGGGAGAUGAAGGCCUACGUGGGUCUGAACAUCCUCAUGGGCAUCAAUCAGCUGCCUGACACAGGCAUGUACUGGGCCAGUGACAUUUUCAUAGGCAACGCAGGUUUUAAAAAGACAAUGACAGCCAGGCGCUUUGAGAAACUCACCCAGUACCUGCAGCUGUGUGACCGUGAGUCGGAGCCUGUGCGAGGGGAGCGUGGCUACGACGGCCUCUUCAAAAUCAGGCCUCUCCUCGAUGUGGUGGAAAACACCAUGUGGGAUUCAUAUACACCCAAUCGCUGUUUGACCAUAGACAAGUGUGCCAUUGUCAUGAAGGGACGCUUCUCCCCCACCCAGUACAUGCCCUCCAAGCCCCUGAGGAAGGGGCUGACAGUGUGGAUGCUGUGUGACUCUCGCUCAGGCUACUGCCACCGGGCCAAGAUCUACGUAGGCAACCCCAGUGAAGAUGAGGCAGCGGCCUCUCUGGGCUACAGGGUGGUGGCCUCCCUAGUGCGUGGCCUGGAGGGUCAGUAUCACCACCUCUUCAUGGACAGCUUCUUCACCUCCGUGCCCCUCCUCCAGAGGCUGCUGAGGGAUGGACUUUAUGCAUGCGGGCCCACACAGCCAGGGCGCAAAGGUUACCCAGAAGUCCUCAGGCCCCGUAACGUCGGAAAGCUGGCCCAGGGAGAGUUUUACCAGUGCCAGCGUGGCAACCUGGUUGCCACGGUGACACGGGAUGUCAAGAUGGUCAGCUGCCUUUCCACCAAUUCUGCUCCAGGGAUUGUGGGUAUCAGUCCAGGUCGGCAGCAGCAUGAGGUAGAUGGGGAGGGGGAGAGUGACAGCAUGGACAGCUCAGGUUUGUCCUUCGGUGUACCCCGACCUCUGCCCCUGCUGCUGUACCAGGAGAACAUGAGGGGAGUGGACCUGUGCGACCAGCUGAGGGAAUGCUACCAGGUCGGCCGGCCCUGUAAGAAGUGGUGGCGCUACUUCCUGUGGUUCUACGUGAACCUGUGCAUUGUCAAUGCAUACGUCAUCCUGAGGGAGAGCAGGGGGGGCAGCCCUCCGGCAGGCUUCAACGGCAAGCAGUUCACCCAGCGGCACUUCCGGGUGCGCCUGGCACAGCAGCUGAUUGGAGACUACCAAGGGGCAAGGGGCAUGGAGCGGGCAGCACGCAAGAGACACGCAGAUUCACCCAUAGAGUACGGACACCGCCUGGAGCGCAUGUCAGAGCGAUCUCGCCGCUGCAGGAACUGCACCAACAAGGGACUGCGACACGAAA